AUGUCUCGACCAACUCCACCAAGGCCACCCUGGAAUCGGCCGCAUGAAAGCUGUGGCCCGCAGCUACGCACCGGCGCACGCCCUCCGAUCCCCUGGCCGAAAUCAGCACGUCCGUGGCAGCGCGUCCAUGUCGACUACGCCGGGCCGAUCGAUGGUGAGUACUUUCUGCUGGUCAUCGACUCCUACACCAAGUGGCCAGAGAUUGUGCAGACACGCCGGAUCACAAGCAUCGCAACGAUUGCCAUCCUGCGAAGCUUGUUCGCACGUCUGGGGAUGCCGGAAAAGCUGGUAUCGGAUAACGGAACCCAGUUCACCAGCGCCGAGUUCGCGCAGUUCUGCGCCGAAAACGGGAUCGACCACGUCACCACUGCCCCGUUUCACCCCCAGUCUAACGGUCAGGCAGAACGUUUUGUCGAUACGUUCAAGCGCGCGGUGAAAAAGAUUCGAGAGGGGAGAGGAAAAAUGGACGCUGCACUGGACACUUUUCUGCUGACUUACCGAAGUACUCCAAACCAAUCAGCACCGGAUGGCCUCUCGCCAUCUGAAGUGAUGUUCGGUCGACGUGUCAGGACUUGUCUGGAACUACUUCGUCCUCCGCCGAGCAAACCACCUGAACCAGUCCAGCUGCCAGAAGUUAAGACACGGUCCCUCAACCGAGGUGACGCCGUGUUUGUGAAGGUCUACGCCAAGAACACCUGGAGUUGGCUUCCGGGUGUAGUCAUCGAGAAAGUCGGUCGAGUGAUGUACAACGUGUUGGGCGACGGUGACCGUCUUGUGCGGUCGCACAUCAACCAGAUCAAGAACCGAGCGACUUCGAGCCCUGGCCAAGCACCUGGAACGAGCCAGCCGGCAAAGCAGAAACAACUACCGAUGGACGUCCUGCUCGACGCUUGGGACCUGGUCACAACCGCCAACGCGUCGCCGCCGCCUACAGCGUCCCCGAACCAAACGACGCUGAGCGAGGAUUUCCACGGUUUUGACUUCCCGUCGUUGUCGCCGUCCCUUCCUGAGGUUCGCUCCAGCCCGGACUUGUCUCCGGCCUCGACGUCCUCGUCCUCAUCCUCGACGUCAACCUCAUCUUCCAGCUUCGAGUCUGCAGUAGCGAGUACUCCAACUGCACAGCCACCUGUGCAGCAGCCACGGCGUUCUUCGCGGGUACGAAAACCUCCUGUGCGCUUCAACCCGUACCUUCGCUACUAG